UGCUAUACUUCAAAUAGUGUCAUCUGUUUCCGAGCUCUGAGAGUCAUGGGAAACACUAGCAAAUUGAAGUCUUAUUUAGUUUUACUUCAAUACAUUAUAUUAAAUACCUCGUUUUAUUUAUGUGAGGGAGUAAAUGGUGAAGAUCGUCUCAAAGGAAAAGUACUCAAACAUGUACACUUAAUAUAUAGUCAUGGGGACAGUUCUCCAGCUUACCCAAUUCCACAAAUUUACCCUAAUUUCGAAGCCAUUUGGCCUGAAGGGGCUGACAAGCUGACAAAUAUUGGGAUUCAACAACAAUUUAUUCUAGGUCGAUGGAUGCGUAUGAAUUAUUUGACAUUCGUACCUCAAAAAUAUAACAGCUCAACGUACCAUUUAAGGAGUACAGAUGCAGAUAAAACUUUAAUGUCUGCCGUAGCAAAUUCAGCUGGAUUCUACUGGCAAUCAUCCUCACCUUUUGAUGGAUCCAUGUUGCACUGGUCUCCUGUCCCGGUUCAUGAGGUCUCAAAGAUUUCUGAUAUACUUUUCGGUUCGUAUAACUGUCCACGUUUAAGAAUAUUGCAAAAGAUGCAAAUAUAUAUGACCCAUUCAACGAGAUUUGAAAAUCAACAUAAAAACUUGUUUCAAAUUCUUAGAAAUAAUACUGGUUUGUCAAUCAAUAGAUUAACCAUUGAACAAAUUGCUAAUUUUCUUCAAUCUAUCAAAAACUACAAAGUUACAUUACCUUCAUGGUGUACUAAAGAACUUCUAAAUGAAUUAUUUGAAGUUGCAGACUAUUAUUGGACGGAGAAAUAUGUAAAAUCAUCAUCUGAUAUAAUUCGUUUAGAAAUUGGUUUAUUCUUACAUAAUAUUAUUCAACAUAUUUAUUCAAUUAUUCAAGGAAAAUCAAUUUAUAUUUCAAAUAAUAUUACAUUAUCUAAUAAACAUUUAAUGGUUUAUUCAAUAACGAAUCAUCAAUUUGCAUAUUUAUUAAAUGCUUUUGGUAUAUUAAAUCAUAAUAAUAAUAAUAAUAAACCAAUUGAAUAUGCUUCUGUUAUUUCAUUAGAAUUAUAUGGUCCAUCCAUUCUAUCCAAUAAUAAUAAUAAUAAUAAUAAUAAUAAUAAUAAUAAUGAACAAUAUAUUUUAAAAAUUUUAUAUAAAAAUGGUUGGAUUGAUGAAAUUGGUCAUUAUGUAAUAUUACCAAUAUGUAAAAAAUUUAAUUAUUUUUAUGAUUGUCCAUUGAAUUUAAUUAUAAAACAAUUAAAUAUAUUCACUAUUAAUCCACAAUUCUAUAUUAAUGAAUGUUCAUUAAUUUUAGAUCAAUUAAUCAAUAAUAAUAAUAAUAAUAAUAAUAAUAAUGUAUAUGAAUUCCUUCCAUUCAAUUCAUCUAUUAGAAUAAAUUUUGUUAUUUUUAUAUCAAAUUUUAUAUUAGUUAUCAUUUUAUGGAGUUUUGUUAUUUAUUUUAAAAAAUUAGAAAAAACAAAAAAAAGAGAAAACAACAAAACAAAAAUUAUUGAACAAUUAAUAAUAAAUAAAUAA